AUGAAAGAUUUGGGAGAGCUUAGCUAUUUUUUGGGUAUCGAGGUUGUGAAGCAUGGUAGAAGUCUGAUUCUUUCCCAAAGCAAGUAUGCCAAAGAUCUUCUUGUUAAGGCUGGUAUGUAUGAAUGCAAGCCCAGUCCUUCUCCUUCUUCUACAAAACCUGCCAUUCUUGAUCCUGAUUCUAGUUUUGAAGAUUCUCAUUGGUACAGAACUAUUGUGGGAUCCCUACAAUAUCUUACUCUCACUAAACCAGAGAUUUCAUUUGCUGUAAACCUGGCAUGUCAACACAUGCAUGCUCCAAAACAGAGUCAUUACAUUGCUGUAAAAAGAAUAUUGAGGUACAUCAAAGGGUGCAUACAUCAAGGUCUAUAUUUUGUACCUGGUCCUUUGCACAUCACAGGAUUUAGUGAUGCAGAUUGGGCUGGGGAUCAUGUCGAUAGGCGUUCUACCACUGGCUUCUGUUUGUUCUUGGGCCCCAAUCUGAUCUCUUGGUGUGCUAAGAAACAACAUACCGUGGCUCGAUCUUCCACCGAAGCUGAAUACAGGGCUUUGGCACAGACUGCAGCUGAUGUUUCUUGGAUUCAGCAACUCCUCCUUGAUGUUCAUAUUGAUGUUUCAUUACCUCAUGUUAUCUGGUGUGACAAUCAGUCUGCCAUUGCUUUGGCAUCUAAUCCCAUCUACCAUGCUAGAACCAAGCAUGUCGAAGUAGAUUAUCAUUACAUCAGAGAAAAGGUUCUCAGUAAAUAG